UCGCUGCUUGCUCCUCGGCUGCACCAACAUGGCGGCUUUCUGAGUUUACGAAGAGGAAAAAAAAAGAAGCUAAUGUGUAAAUAAAGCCACUGUACAUUGUUUAGAGAUUAUAUUAGUUGUUUAAAGUGGUUGCGGAGUUGAUGAUCUGUUGUACAGGGAGAAAUAAAAGAUGUCGAGUGACGGAAGUAAAAAGCAGUUCUGGAAAAGGAACACAGCGAAGGUUCCUGGCAGUAUACAACAUGUUUAUGGAGCCCAGCAUCCUCCAUUUGAUCCUCUCCUACAUGCUAAUUUGAUCAAAGCCGGAAACAAACCGUCUGCCACGAGCACACCCGGAAAGCCGAAGAAAGCCACCACCUUCCAGGAGUUCGAGAGCAUCACGAGCGAUGCGUGGGACGUGGGGGACGACGAUGACGAACUCCUCGCCAUGGCCGCCCAGAACCUCAACAUUGAGGUCGUCAGGGAGACGGCCAACAAGGUGAUCGAGAACCACAGCAAGCAGCAGGAGCGACGACAGCAGCAGCUGGACGAACCUCCCGGGCCUGAGGAGAAAUACGAAGAGGAGGGGCACAGCAAAGAUGAAGAGGAGAGGCUAGAGGAGGAGGAGACGACCACAGAGCUGUCCUUUAGCUCGGAGCGUCUCCACCACAGCGACAGCAGGCUGGUGAAAUCCCACAGUGAAGCACCUAUUGGAUCGCCAAAGGAGAUGAGCAGCGAGCGGGCAGCGCUAUACAGGCAGCAGUCACUCCCUCACAGGCCGGUCAUCCCCCUGGUGGCCCGCAUGGCUGAUCAGAACACAUCAGGAACUCCUGCCAUGACGGAGAGAGAGGCUUCUAGACUAGACAAGUUCAGACAGCUUCUGGCUGGACCUAACACAGACCUCGAAGAGCUGCGGAAGUUGAGCUGGUCAGGAAUUCCGCGGCAAGUGCGUCCCAUCACGUGGAAGCUUCUCUCAGGUUACCUGCCUGCCAAUGCCGAGCGCAGAGCCAGCACGCUGCAGAGAAAGAGGCAGGAGUACUUCGGUUUCAUCGAGCAGUACUACGACUCCCGCAACGACGAACAUCACCAGGACACAUACAGACAGAUCCACAUAGAUAUUCCCCGGAUGAGUCCGGAGAGUUUAGUGCUCCAGCCGAGAGUCACUGAGAUUCACAUUGACAUACCGAGAACUAAUCCUCUUAUUCCUCUCUUUCAACAAGCUUCUGUGCAAGAGAUCUUCGAGCGGAUUCUGUUCAUCUGGGCCAUCCGGCAUCCUGCCAGCGGUUACGUCCAGGGCAUCAACGAUCUCGUCACGCCCUUCUUCGUCGUCUACAUCUUUGAGUAUAUCGAGGAAGAGGUGGAAAAUUUCGAUGUUUCCAGCUUGCAGGAAGAGGUGCUGCGGAACAUCGAGGCUGACAGCUUCUGGUGCAUGAGCAAGCUGCUGGAUGGCAUUCAGGACAACUACACUUUCGCCCAGCCGGGGAUCCAGAGGAAAGUGAAAGCUCUGGAGGAGCUGGUGAGCCGAAUCGAUGAGACGGUACAUCGGCACAUGCAGCACUACGAGGUGGAAUACUUGCAGUUUGCCUUCCGCUGGAUGAAUAACCUGCUGAUGAGAGAGCUUCCUCUGCGCUGCACCAUCCGACUGUGGGACACCUACCAGGCCGAGCCCGAGGGCUUCUCCCACUUCCACCUGUACGUGUGUGCUGCUUUCUUGGUGCACUGGAGGAAGGAGAUUUUGGAAGAGAAGGACUUCCAGGGCUUGAUGAUCCUGCUGCAGAAUUUACCCACCAUGCACUGGGGUAAUGAGGAAGUGAGCGUGCUCCUGGCUGAGGCUUACAGGCUAAAGUUUGCAUUUGCAGACGCACCCAAUCACUACAAAAGAUGAGGCUUCCAGCGGCAUGACUACUGAACCGAGACUCUAUGGCUCACCCUGAGGCUUCUCAUGGACCACUAUGAGACUCAUGGUGGUUCACCAUAAAAAACUCUACAAUGGCCCAAGCUAAUAUUCCCGACGGCUCUCCUUAAGGCUCCCAGCUCCCCUGUAAUUCCCCUGUAAUUCUUGAUGCCCAUAUAAAGAUUCCAAACGGCCCAUCCUGAGACUCCUGAUGGCCCAGCCUGAAUCAACUAAUAGUCCACCCAAAUUUUCCUGAUGGUUUAAGUCAAUUCUCAUGAUCACCCACCCCGAGUCUCCCGAUGGCCCACUCUGAGGCUGCCAGUGGCCCACAAUGAGUCUCCCUGUGGCCUACCCUGAGACUCCUGAUGGCCCACCCUGAAUUAUCUAAUGGUCCACCCAAAUUCUCCUGAUGGUCUAACUCGAUUCUCACGAUGACCCACCCCGAGUCUCCCGAUGGCCCACUCCGAGGCUGCCAAUGGCCCACAAUGAGGCUCACGAUGGCCCACUCUGAGGCUACCAGUGUCCCACCAUGAGUCUCCCUGUGGCCUACCCUAAGACUCCUGAUGGUCCACCCUGAGAAUCCUAAUGACCCCCCUCUUGAGACUUCUGAUGGCCCAUCCAGAGACUCUACAUGGUCCGCCCUCAUAUUCCCAACAGGCCAUUCAUAAGUUGGAAGUGGACUGUGUUUACAUGACUCAAUGUAAAACUGUAGCUUUUUGUUUCUUCACCUCCGGCUCUAUUCUUACUAACCCACACACUCCAAGCAUCAACUAUCCCGUCUAUUUAAUCAAGCAAAAAAAAACAAAAAAAAAAACGCCUUUUUCAACAAGUAACAUAUCGAUAUUUUUUUUUGUCCGUUUAAAUUUCCGUCCCUCCAAACCCCUAAAAGGUUUCACAGCAAAUGUUUUGUGUAGGCUGAUAAAAUGUUACCAGUUUAUUACAAAACCCUGUGUUCUGCACUGGUUAGAAUAGAAGUACUGAAGCUGAGAGGGUGUGUGGGUGUGUGGGUGACUGAGAGGAAGAGUGUCUGGCACAAAAUUUCUCAGCUACAUCAAGAGUAAUAGCUGGAAGUACGCUUUUGCACUGAGCAGUCUCCAUUAGGAAUCUCCCGUACAGCUGCAGGUCAGGAGUGCGCUGCAUUAAAGGCAAUAAUGACACAUUAUUCAGACAGGAAGACAGAAUAGAGAUGCUUAUCCAUGCAUCCAGAGAACUGGCUUUAAAAAAAAAGGAAAAAGAAAAACACCCUGGAAGUAGAACAAAAGGACACUUUAUUCAAACCUAGGUCUACCUCAGGAGCCGGUCGGCGUGGCUUGGCCCGAUCAGACGGAAUGCAGUACCUAGGCCAUUCAUCUGCCUCCAUGUCAGAACAAUAGCCAUGAUGUUCAUUCCCUGAACACUUUUUCUUUUUUUUUUCUAGUAAAAUAAAUAAGAUUUGCCUUAAUUUGGCUACUGUGAUUCUGCUAGAACCAGACAUUUGCUAUCACAAGUGGCUUGUCUAUAGAAUUCAAGCUGCUCUAAUCAAUUAGCCUUUCACAUGGCCUGUUAUUUCAAACCUCUGUUUGGAGUUCAGAUCCAUACUUGUUGCAUGAUGCCGUCAUUAGUGAGCGUUCAGGGCAUAAAAGCUCUCCACAAAGUAAGUAGUGGCAGUAUUCAGACCUUUAUUCUGCAUUCAAUCAUGUUGUCAGGCUUUUCAUUUUCCCUGCCAGUUCUUAAAUCUAAUGAUAUAUGUGAAGAGAAAGAAAAUGCACUCUGUUUUCCUCAGUUUUUGUAUAACAUCUUGCUUAAAUCAGCUCUUUUUUUUUUAAUAUAUAUAUAAAAGAAAAAAGAAAAGAUUUUGUUUUCUUUUAUAUACUGUUUACAUGAGCCUGUUGAGUUGUGCCUAACAUCAGAAAUAGUGUAUACCAUCUCAGAUAUUUAUUUUUCUUUAACGUUGAACAUUCACUGACGGUAAGUAGACUUGUGCUGAUGUCGCAUUUUAACCAUAUCACAGUGUUGCAUUUUAAAAUACAUGACAAAUAAACGCAGUGCUUCCUGCCGUGCAACGUUUUACAUGUAAAUGAGAGGUCAGGCGUGUUUUUCCAAGAAUUAAUCGAGUCCAAACUGAAAAGCCCAUUGACUUGGACGGAUUUAAUUUCAGGAAUACAAACACUCUGCAGAAAUGCUUCCUACCGAGGCAGCCUCGCCUCAAAGGGGCAGGCAGGAGUAGACGCUAUUCUGAAGUGUUGUGCAAUACUGUAUAAGUGAUUAUCAGCACAUGCUUACAGAGUGUUCGCACUGCACUGGACAACAUGAGAACCUUGUUAACUGACCAUCUCUGUCUGGUUACCUCACACAUAAGGCUAACAUAUGAUACAUGCUAUCUUUCCAUCGCUUUUCUCCCCCUUAUUUUUCGAUUUCUUACUUCCUGCUGUGUUAUUUUUUUUCCUUCUCUUGGUGAGCAGUUUAAAGCAUAACCCUCAAUAUCAGACAA